AUGGCCAAGAAUGCUGUCACCUUGGUUCUUGAGACCUGCGGUCGGCGGGUGCAAUGGCAAAGAGCCCUCCAAGUGGCACAGGUUGAAGCUCUUGACGUGGCGCAAUGCACCACGGUGCUCAAUAUUUGUGGUCGAGGCUUGCAAUGGCACAUUGCUACAGAGCUUUUCCACCAGCUUCCUGUUCGACGCUUGCGACCCACCGUGGUGACCUACAAUGCGAUGAUCAAUGCUUGUAGUCGACGUUGGGAAGAGGCCAUCUGGUGGUUUUCAGCCCUCGAGAAGCGUGGCGAAGAGCGUAAAGAAGAACGGCCUCAGCCUAGCGUGAUUUCCUACAACAGUCUGAUGACCGUCCUUGGAACCAACAGUCUUUGGGUCCAGGCUCUAUCAGUAUGGCAGCAGAUGAUGCGGGAGGGCCUGCAACCCAGCGUAAUGACCAUCAGCACACUGGGCCGCCAUCUGCGAGGCCCAGGAGCCUUGAGACUGCUGUCACUCUGCAAUGAGGCCGAUGUGAGGCCAGACCUCAUUCUGUGCAAUACUGUGCUGGAAAACUGCCAACGGAUGCUGCGGUGGCAACAAGCCCUUGCUGUGUUGCAGGAGAUGCCAUGGAAGAUUGGCAUCACUCCAGACGAGGUCUCCUACAACACCGCUGUGAACGCUUUGGAGCUGAGCGACGCAUGGUCUACGGCGGUGCAGUUGCUCCGGCAGAUGAGAUGCGAAGAUCUUCAGCCAAGCACUGUGACUUACAAUUCCACCAUGGGCGCUUUGAAGAAAAGCCUCCUUUGGCAGAGGACCAUGAGCCUUUGGCAAGAACUCGCUGAAGAUGGGCACAGACUGAGCGAGGUGACGGGUGACAUCGCAGUGACUGCCUUGAGCUGCAGCCACAGAUGGGCAGCAGCCGUCGCACUGGUCGACUCCCAGUGGCUUGGUGGAGCGAGUGAAGGCCCGUGGGUGCUGCAGGCUUGGCUUCGGCAUGGCACUCAUGUGAAGCAUUCCAUGAGAGAAGGGCCUUACGGCACGUGCAGCAGCAGCUGCGAAGUAAGGUGA